CAUGCGUGAAAAGAUAUCACACAGAUCCUGCCAAAAUGUUGGUCCUUGUACUCGGAGACUUGCACAUUCCCUACCGCUCCAACGGGAUGCCGGCAAAGUUUAAGAAACUUCUGGUCCCAGGAAAGAUCCAACACAUCCUGUGUACAGGAAACCUCUGCACUAAGGAGUCCUUCGAUUACCUGAAAACUCUGGCCAGUGAUGUGCAUGUAGUCAAAGGGGACUUUGAUGAGAAUCUAAGUUAUCCAGAACAGAAGGUUGUCACAGUUGGACAGUUCAAGAUAGGACUUUGCCAUGGACAUCAGGUUGUUCCCUGGGGAGAUAUUGAGAGUCUAGCCAUGGUACAGAGACAGCUUGAUGUGGACAUCUUGAUAUCUGGCCACACCCACAAGUUUGAGGCUUUUGAACAUGAAAACAAGUUUUACAUCAACCCAGGGACAGCAACGGGAGCAUACAACGCAUUAGACAGUGGAGUAACGCCGUCGUUUGUACUGAUGGACAUCCAGGCGACCACAGUGGUGACGUACGUGUACCAGCUGAUCGGCGACGACGUAAAGGUGGAGCGUAUCGAGUACAAGAAGUAGCACCUCUCCUUUCACUCUUCUCCUGUCUAUCUUAAUCUCCAAGCGGAUCUUUCGCUGGUUGCAAAGACUGUUAGACUGUAUCCGCUUGACACCGAAAGACUAGCCUGGUUACCAGACCUAUUAUAGCUCCCGAG